AUGUUCACACUUGCUCUUCUGUUCACAGUCGCAACUGUUGUUGCCUCUGAUGAGGCAGGUUCCCGAAUCCUAAGCAAGCCAAUUAAUGAGGCAGGUUCCCGAAUCCUAAGCAAGCCAAUGGGCGUUUCCAGAAUCAUUAAUGGCAUCGAAGCUACGCCCUACGAGUUUCCCCACCAGGCGGCGCUACUUUCAAUGGGACCGACAGGGGGAUCACACAUGUGUGGUGCAUCAGUAAUCGCACAGGACUGGGUGCUUACGGCUGCUCAUUGUGUAGAUGGAAGAACUCCAUCAUCGCUGGCAAUAGUGGUUGACCUUCACGAUUACACUAACCCAGGGAACUACAUCUGGUUUGACAUUGACGAUAUUAUCAUGCACAACAAAUACAACCAAGGAUCUGGAGGAUUUCCGAAUGACGUUGCCCUACUUAAACUGAAACCCAAUGGACAAGACAUUACAAAGAACAUAAUCAAAAUUGCCAGCGGAACCAGUGAUUAUGCAGGUCAAAUAUGCACCAUCAGUGGAUGGGGUGUUAAAGUUGAUGGGUCUGGUGCUUCAAAACUGAAGAAAGCUGACGUGUCAGUUCUAAGCAAGAGCCAAUGUGUGAGCUACUGGGGGAGCACAAACAUCCUGAAUCAACAUAUCUGUGUGAAAGGUUAUGAUACAACCGAAGGAAGCGGAUCUUGCAAUGGUGACAGCGGCGGUCCUCUAGUCUGUGGAAGUGAACUGGUUGGUGUGACGUCAUGGGGAUUCUCUGGUUGUCAUGACAACGGUGUGGUGACAUAUCCAAGUGUAUACGCUCGUGUCACGUCAUUUUAUGACUGGAUAAACAGCAACUGUGGAAACUGCAACGUCUAA